AUGGCGUCGCCAUUUUUGUUUCGUUACAAAUUUCAGAUUCAGGCCUCAAGUUCAACGAGAACGGGGAAGGCACAAACGGAAGUUUCCACAUAUUGUAAUAUUGGUCAGCCACCGUUAACACCGCCACCACCACGAAGGCCAACGUGCGUUCAAGCAAACCGUUGGCAUGCAGUCAGGAGAUUUGUGGGAGUUCGACAAAGGCUCUCGGGAAGAUGGGUAGCUGAAAUCAAGGACUCGUCUCAGCGUGUAAAGCUGUGGCUGGGAACUUACGAUACUCCCGAAGAGGCUUCUAGAGCUUACGAUGAAGCAGCUCGAGCUCUUCGUGGGGAAAAUGCCCGAACCAACUUUGCAGUUCCGGUUAACCAGAUCAACUCGAGCAUCAAGUCGGGUUCUGCUUCCCUUUGUAACGUGGGAGGGGCGCUGCAGCCGUCACAAUCUGAUGGGCGGCAUGGACUCAGCUUCUCUUCCUUAAAGGCUAGGUUGAGCAAAAACCUGCAGUGUAUCAUGGCAAGGACGAGUACUACUGAGAAUAUAAUAAGUCCUCGUCAAAAAGUAGGAUGA